AAUAUGGUAGAUAAAGUUGUUGUUCAGCAGUAGGCUGUUGUCAUGUCCCCGCAGUGCCGAUAGUGGUGCUGUGAGGAGACUCCACCGUGGACUGAACUAAUACCACAGCAGCUUUUAACGGCUAAAGUGUGCUGUGGGUAAACAUCGUUUAAAUGUAGUAAUUUUAUCUCAAAUUAUUCACGUAUAGGAAACGGAUCAAUUACCAAAACAUACCGAGUAUCGACCCCAAUCUGGUAGCCAUAGCCGACUGUGUUAGGUAAGUCUACAGGCAAAUCGAAGCGAAUACCCUACUCAGCCUAUACCAACGAAAGCUGAUGUUCUCAAGGACAAGAGUCACGUGAUGUAUGAGGGCAAACACAUACACUUCUCGGAGGUGGACAAUAAGCCAUUGUGCUCGUACAGCCCCAAGCUCUGCAAGCAGCGCAGACUCAACGGCUAUGCCUUCUGCAUCCGGCACGUUCUAGAGGACAAGACCGCUCCCUUCAAGCAAUGUGAAUAUGUGGCUAAGUACAACAGCCAGCGAUGCACCAACCCCAUCCCCAAAUCUGAGGACCGCAGAUACUGUAACAGCCACCUGCAGGUGCUGGGCUUCAUCCCCAAGAAGGAGCGCAAGAAGAAGCAUGACGCGCUGGAGGAGAUGCGUGGGCGGUCGCACCUGGACUCGGUGGCCCUCAAUAUCACCGUGCCCUCGCUGGCGCUGAAGGCCUCCAACGGCCUGGACGAGUUGCCGCCCUCGCUGCCGUGUUCGCGCCUGCUGCCCCUGCCCGACGGGGAGCACCUGGACCCGUUCGCCUUCUACGAGGAGGACGCGGAGGCGGAGGAAGGCACGCUGCGCAAGGGCUCCUCGGUCAGGAAGAAGCCGCAGAGUCGGCUGGUGCUCAGCCAGAGACUGCCUCCGCCGCCGCCGCCGCCGCCGCCACCACCGCUGCCACGCGACACCGACCUCCUCAAGCCUCGCUCCGAGCACUUUAGCCCUUCGGCUGCGCGCCCCGGCCCUCACCCUUCCUCCCCCCUGUGCGCCCAGCUUCCCCUCCAGCACAGCGGACUCCUCCGGCUGCCCAAGCACUCUGGCAGCCUGCCCCCUUACUCCCGCCAGGGCUCGCAGCAGGGUUUAUUAUGCAAGCCAGCACCACCUCACACUGGCCCCCCACUGCCUCCUGGGCUGGCCCCCGGCGGCGCCGCGCCCGGUCCGGGGCAGCCGUCUGGCUCCUCCCUCAGCAGGAAAGGCCUGCUCACUGCCACGCCUUUGCUGUCCGGCACGCUGGACUCGGUGCAGCGCCACCUGGUGGCAAUGCGGCCCGCUUCCUUCUCGCCGCCCCCGGCCUGCCUGCAGAGGCUCAAGCACUUGGUGCAGCUGUGCUCCAACAGGCAAGAGGAACACGGGGAUCUCUUCCCUCAUCUAGGGUUGGACUGGUCUGAAGACAGUGGGGAGGAGGACUAUGAAGACUUUGAAACACUUUCACCUUCCCAAUUCUCUGGGAGAUCACAGGAAGGAUCCAUGCAAGACCACUCUCUGGAGGACACGAGUAGCUCCAGGAGGGUCCGGCUGGCCCGCCUCUGCGCCCUCCUGCAGGACAAGUACAAGCACCUGUGCCGGCAGGAGAGGGCCGCCACACGCCAGAAGAGACACCGAUAUGCCUUCCGCAAAGCCCUGCUGCACGCCGCCGCCAAGGACCCCGACUGCACGGCGGAGCUCAUCCAGGCGCUCUGCAAGAUCUCGCGAUCCUCCUCAAGUGCAAAGCAGGUGCGACUGGGCGUCCCAGAGACCACUGGGCUCUGCACGGGCAGCACCAAGAGCCAGGCCUGCAGAAACAGAGCCCUGCCCUUCACCCAACACUGCUUCCAACACAUCCUGCUGAACCGCUCCCAGCAGCUCUUCUCCAGCUGCACGGCCAAGUUUGCUGAUGGACAGCAGUGCUCCAUCCCCGUCUUUGACAUCACGCACCAGACCCCGCUGUGCGAGGAACACGCCAAAAAAAUGGACAACUUCCUGCGUGGGGAUGGCAACAGGAGACAGCUGCAGCAGCAGCAGCAGCAACAGCAGCAGCAGCAUCUGCACCAUCAGCAGCAGCAGCAGCACCACCUCCUCCAUCAGCACCAGCACCAACGCAAGCCGCGCAAGAAGACCAAGCCGCCGGCGCUCACCAAGAAACACAAGAAGAAGCGGCGGAGAGGGCCGCGCCGGCCGCAGAAGCCCAUCCCGCCCGCGCUGCCCCAGGGCAACCUGGCCAUGCCCUCCAGCCUGGCGCUGCCCACCAACGCUGCCAGUGUCAGCAGGAGUCUUUCGACGCCGGAGCUGAGCACGGACGAGCUUCCUGACGACAUCACCAAUGACAUAGCGGACAUUCCAAACGACCUCGAACUGAACCAGGAGGAUUUCUCGGACGUGUUGCCACGGCUUCCUGACGACCUGCAGGACUUUGACCUGUUUGAAGGUAAAAAUGGGGAGUUGCUGCCCACCACUGAGGAGGCGGAGGAGCUGGUGCGGGCGCUGCAGGCCAUGGGCUCCUACCCGGACUCGCUGGCGUGCCUCUCCUCCAUGGGCGAGCUGGCGCCAGGCGUGCCCUCGGGCAGCAUGGGCGACCUGCUCAACGGCCGCCUGCCCGCCGAGAACUUCACCAGCCUCGAGCUGGAGGAGAACCUGCUGCACUCGGCCGACGCCCACUUCCCGCCCUCGCCCUCGCCGCCGCCUGCGCCCGCCUCGCGCCAGGCUCCCGUGCCCGCCGCCCCCUCGGCCCCCAGCCUGACCCCCGCCCCCCAGACGCCCAGCGAGCCCCAGAGGACGUUCCCGCGGCCCGCCGCUCCGCCCCACGCGCUGGCCAAGGCCGAGCCGGCCUGCUCCUCGCCCUCCGCCGGGCCCUUCAGCAGCAGCGAGCACGUGCCCUCCCCCUACAGCGAGCACAUGGCCUCGCCCCACGCCGGCCACUUCCAGGCCGACUCGCCGCUGCUCCUGGAGGUGCCGCUGAGCGGGGUGCCCGGCCCGCCGCGGCCGCCCUGGAACCACCUGCCCCUCUCUCUGGCCGACGCCUCGCCGUACGGCAGCCUGAUGGGGCCGGAGGGGCACCUGCUGUCCACCUCUCUGUCCACGCCGCCCUCCACCGCGCACCAGGCGGCCCUGCAGCCCACGGCGGCCCUGUCGGCGCUGCCCCAGGGGGGUCUGACGGGGCUGGGCUCGCCCCCCGCGCCGGCCGCCUCCACCACCGCCUCGUCCUCGUCCCCCCCCUCGUCCUCCCCGACGCGGGAGCUCCUGGGCGCGGCGCAGGCCAAGCAGCAGCUACCGCAGUUCAGUGCCGCCUUCGGCCACCAGCUGGCCUCCUCCCACAGCGGCAUCCCCAAGGAUGUGCAGCCCAGCCACAGCUCCACAGCGCCCCCUACGGGCUUCACCAUCGCCAGUGCCACGGCUGCAAGUGCCAACAGCGCCACUCCCCCCUUCCCGCACAGUAACUGAGAAGUGGUGGGAGAGCGAGAGUGACAGAAAGAGCGAAUGUGGAUUGGUGUGAAUGCAUGUAUGUGUGAGUGAAUGAGUGUGUGUGUGUGUGUGUGUGUGUGUGUGUGUGUUGGUGUGUGUGUAGUAUGUUUGUCUGGUCGCUGCACAUCAGCUAAGCAGUGGACUCCGUUCACUCAGCAACUCAACUCAUCUCAGACUCAAGUCAGAGAAAUCAAGCAACAUUGUUUCUGCUAUUUUAUUUGGUACAUGCCGCAAGAGUGGAUCAACGGUGGCCUGUUUGUUAAGUGUUUUAAUUCAAAUCUUGCCAUGACUAAAAGACUGCCUCAGCCCCGCUGCAGAGGCCAUUCAAUGGGGUGCUCGUGCAGCCUUGGGUCCCUCUCCUCCAGCUCCUCCAGGGGAGUGGGGUCGGGUGGGUGUCCGUGACAGUGUGCUGCUCAGGGGAGCCACAGGCAGGACGCACCCCCUCCAAGGACCCGCAAUUCCAGAGGUAGUGACACGGAGGGACAGUGCUACAGAAUUCAAUGACGAAACAACACCUCAAUCAGCAGUCUAGUCUUAGUUGUUCCAGUGGAGCCCUGUCUCAGAGCUGUAAUCAUAUCCUUCCUCAUUUACAAGAUCAGCAUAUUCCUUUAAUCUGCCCUUUAUAUAUACACACACACACACACACACACACACACACACACACACACACUCUCUCUCUUACACACUUACACGCUUAUUCACUCACUCACACACAAUCUCGUGGCUCUACUGACCCCUACAGAAACAUGCCAGUAUGAAUGUCAGGGCCUGCUUCAAUUGAAACAAAAAUAUAAUCCCAUCAUGAAGGACGUUUCCUGACCAGCUUGACAGACAGCAGAAAAUUGCCAAAAUUAUUUUAAAUGGUUGUUUUUUUAAGCUACUGUGUAUAUAUAUAUAUUUAAUCUUUAACCGGUUUAUGCAGAAACUCAGAGUUUUAUGUGGAUCAUAGAUGCCUCAUCAGUGGCCUAGUAAACACAUGGAGGUAAACCUGGUUACUCAAAGCAAUAAAACACAUUGGCGUACUCACCUCACAGUAUUGUGAUGUAUAUCCUAACAAUCUGCAUUUUCUCCCUUUGUGCUCCCUGAAUUGCUUUCCAGUUGUGGACCAGCAUGUUAUGGGGAAAUGUUUUCUCAUAAAAUGUGAAAUUAAGGCUGAACUGUUCUUUGUCAGAUGUGGUUGUUAAGGUCCACGAGUAUUCAAGCCAGAGAGAAAAAUGGGUGUCGUAUAGAGACAGUGUGACUACCACAAAAAUUAUUGCAAAAUUUUAAAUGUAUCCAGUUUCACACAGAAUCCAACUACUUAGUUGGCAUCAGGUAUACAGGUAUCUUUUCACAGUUAAUGCAUGCUGGUAUGAAGGGUAGUGUAGGAACAGCCGAGGAGCCCCCUAGCCUGUGUGGUGGUGGUGGUGGUGGUGGAAGGGGAGCUGGUGCAGUUUGGAUGGAGCAGUGGCAGGUGCUGAAAGGGCUGUUGUAUUGGGUCACACAGCAGAAUUUCCUGCAUCAGGACAUCAGUGAUGCAGCAGUGUGGUAGAGGGGUGGAGGGCCCUGUCCGACCCCUUACUGCCUUCAUGCUCUUAGUUGCCUGGCGCUUUGCACUGGAGAACAAGGAAACUCUUUACAAAUGGUCCCGGAAUGCUUCUAAUUGUAUAACAGUAAGUUUGUAGUCAUUGGUAUAGCUUUAGAAACUGAACGAUAAUCACAUGGGCAUAUAUAGUUAAGUAUUCUAUAUUCAUAGGUUAGCAGACUAUGGGCUUGGGAUGGUGACGUGCCAUGAGUGGCAGUGGACUGAAGAUGAGGUUUAAAAAGAAAAACAACAAAAAAAUGUAUCUUUGUUGUCGUUUGCAAGAUAACUUAAUGGAGCUUGUGUUUUGUGUACUUUUAAUGGCUAUCAAAAUACUUGUGGUUUGUUAUCCGAUGAUGUUUGUGUAUGCCCAUUUAUUUAAGAUGAUCAAUGACUAUGAUGUAUGGCAGUACUUUUGAUAGCUAUUAAACUCUGGCAAGCAGCCACUUUUGAAAGACUGGAUCUUGCAUGGGUGCAAAACUACAAGUUUUAUUCAUUGUGACUUAACUAGGUAGCUUGUGCCCAAAGAGAACGAUUGAGACGUGACUUCUAAUGCAGCGAGCUCUUAGUGCACUGGUUCUUCACACAACACAACUGACAGAAGUAUUCUUCAUACUUUGUAUCAAUACUCAUUGCCUGGAGACGCUCAAAACACCGUAACUGACAGGCCAGCUAGGCAGAAAUGAAGGUUUUCCCGCUGUAGAAGAGCCCGUUUAGAGCCGCUCACGACGCUGUUUCUCAUGCGCUCCAUUGACGCAGAGCACAGCCCAAAUGAAUCCCACGUCAGGCCACACUGCACUCCCUCACAUGACCUCUGACCUCUGGAGGUCCAAAGACAUGACAUGAGCCCACAUCCAGAAUAGUGACACCUCUGCUUUGUUCAUGUCUUGUUUCCCCAUGGCUGCCUGUCUCCUACAUACCCAUGGCCUGGGGUUCACACAGGAUGGCAUAUGACUUUUGCACCAGAGACCUGAUACUGCUGUGUUCACAAACGCAUGAAAAGUAGAUUAAUUGCACAUUGAGGGGGGAAACUGACCAACCCUCUUAAAAGAAAGUCUUCAGGGCUCUGUAGGCACUCAUAACUGCUUGAAAUCUGAGAGAUGGCUGACAAAUUCCUAUACUCAUUGAAUGUACUGUAUUACUGUUUUUAAAAAUGAUAGGAGCUAGUCACCUUUGGUUAUUGAUCCUUGUUUAAUUUGUCUAAGGUAUUUUUUGUAUACAAAAGUUUACAUUUUUAUGUAUAUUUUUCUUGUGUACAAAAUUAUGUAAUAUGUGUACAAACAUUGUAUGUAAUAUCUGUAUAUAGUGUGAUAAAAUCUGAUGUUUCUUUUUGAUGUACAAAUAAAUCUUGCUGUGAGGAAUA